UGCUCAGUUAACCUUAACUUCACGGCAUGGCGCGUCUUUCACUGCCCAGCGGUAGAUGUGGAUAGGUUUUUAGGUCGUUUUUGUCAUUUUAUGUUUUAUUGUGUGUUGCGGACAGACAUGUGCGUCUGUGAAUAUGAUCACAUCCUGCUGAGCGCUUUUGUGCGCACGUUCAUCUGAGCCUCUUCUUCAUUUAGCGCUUUUUUCAAUCAUUAUUUCUAUCUGUUUUCUAUCCACAUGUGGACAUAUUGAAGGAUUAUUUGUGGUUUAGACCUCUCGAUGUGAGAUGAAACCCAGAUAAGAUGUUAUAUAAACCGAAUAAGGCAAAAGAGAGGACGCGCAUUUUGGCACGUGAAGAAUAAAGCAUAUGAGCAAUCCCAUGCACGGAAUAUAAAGAGGCAAACAGACACUGGCUAUGGAUGUUUUCUGCAUUAUUUAUGAUAUCCUGGUUGCAUUUAUAAUAUAGUAACAUGCAGAUUCAUAUAUUGUGCAAUGUAUGGAUAUGUUGUAACCUGAGUUAUAGUGAAUUGUAAUAUAGCCUAUUAUAUAUAUAUAUAUAUAUAUAUAUAUAUUCAGAUGAGAUUCCUUAUUUAUAUUUAAGAAGUUAAUAAAAUGAUGGCAAUCCAUUAACACCCCCAUUUUAUUUAAUUUUAUUAUAUAGGUAUGCUAUAAUAUAGCAAAUCUCCUCUUUCCUCCUGACAUUGGGGGUUAAGGUUGGCAUCUAUUUGUUUGACAUAAUUUCGUAAUUAGUAUUAGUAGUUUAUUAGGGCUACUUUAGAAGACCGAAGAGACAGUCAGGAUACUUUAGAGACCAUAAUCAGCUUAAAGUUUCCAGGUUUACAGCAGCUAUAACUGGUUGGCACAUUGGCCCUGUGCAUUCCCAUUGCUUUCUAGCCCCAAAGUUGCUUUUAUAGCUGUUAUUAUAGCUAUUAUUCUAGUGGUUCUAGAGUAAUGGACAUGAAUAACGAUGAUGGUUCCUCCAGCGAUGGCAUGGAGAUGGAGAUCAUGCCUGGCUAUACGGAGCUCAUCACAAGGGCAUAUUCCGUCAUGUUCAGUGCCUUUAAAGACUGUAAAGACUGUGGACUGGAGCGGUCCAGAAGAACCUUGCUGGAUCACGCCGACAUCACCUGGAUCGAGAUCUUCAUGUUCGUCAUGUGUGCGGUCAUGUGGACGCAGAUGCGCAGGGGAUUGACUGCGUAUUUCUUUCAGCCUUUUGCACAAUGGUGUUGUCUCCAGCCCAAUGACAUCCCCAAGAUGCCGGAGAGCGCGUGGAAGCUGGUCUUCUACACGAUGUCGUGGUCAUAUAGCACCUAUCUUCUUUUUUUCUCUAACUAUUCAUUCUUCCAAAACCCUCCUUCUGUUUUUUACGACUGGAAGAGCGGGAUGCCAGUUCCCACAGAUAUCGCUAUAGCGUACCUGAUCCAGGGCAGCUUCUACGGCCAUUCCAUAUACGCCACCGUCUACAUGGACGCGUGGAGGAAGGACUCUCUAGUCAUGGUGGUGCAUCACUUCAUCACGCUGGCCCUCAUCACAUUCUCCUAUGCCUUCAGAUACCACAACAUAGGCAUCCUAGUCCUUUUUCUUCACGAUAUCAAUGACAUUCAACUGGAGUUCACCAAACUCAAUGUCUACUUCAAGACCCGGGGCGGGAAAGACUACUUCUUCAAUGACGUGCUGUCCAACAUGGGCGCCGUUAGCUUUAGCAUCACCUGGUUUUGGUUCCGUUUGUACUGGUUCCCGCUCAAAGUGCUGUGGGCCUCGUGUGUUACCAGCAUCAAGUCCGUUCCCCACAUCCCUUUCUACUUCUUCUUCAACACACUGCUCUUCAUCCUGCUCAUCAUGAACAUCUACUGGUUCUUGUUCAUCGUGCUGUUUGUGGUGAAGGUCAUGACAGGCCAGAUGAAGGAGGUAAACGACGUCCGGGAAUAUGAGGAAGACCAGCAAAAGGAAAGGAAGAACGCUGAUGAUCAGAACUCUGCUGAAGGGAAACACGUGCAGAAUGGAAUUGAUAAGAAGAAACAUCUGUAAGGUCUCAGUAACGCCACCUGCAGGCAGUUAAGGAUGGUUACAUGGUGCAAGGUGACCUAGUUUGAUUCCGACCCAAGAGAACAGUCAUGCAGAGAACAAGAGGAAACAAAUCGACCAUGAUCAGUGUUUUGUUUCUAUUGCUUGUUUUUUUAAAUCACUGUUAUUAUAAUUGUAAUCAUAGCACUGUGAAUGUUAUUUGGUGUUCUUUGUCUUAUAUAUUGCUCUGAAAAAUGUAGGAUAGUUAAAUCCCUGCAUGGGAAAUCUCCCAUAAACUGGUAGCUGUGAAACAAGGUUUCUAGCUGGUCCUUAGUUGGUUGACCAGCUAACAUGUUCCAAAAACCACCUUGGAACAGCACACCAUGUUCCCAAACACAGCUACCAUCUUAACCUGGAUUUUCCAGCAGGGAUUUGGGAAAGUUAUCAAGAACUUAUGGGUGGUGGAUGUGUUUGAAGACAGCAGAACACACAAUAACCAGGUUUUGUGGUCUUCAUCUGGGACCACAGUUUGUUUGAUUAGGAUUAGACAUUUUUGGAUGUUUCGUUGUAUUUUUUUUAAAUUCCAGGAGUGAAGGUGUUGUAAAGGGAAAGGGUUGGACGUAUUCUGUUGUAGUGAGUACUAGUGCAUGAAUCAGCUGGCUUGUUUUUAAAUAUGUACUAACUUAGCCUACACAGGUACAGCCGCUCUCCAAACAGCCUGACCUGCGUCAAUCAAAAAAACGCUUGUGCUGUAUUAGCGUGUUUUGAACGUACGUGACUGAAAGGCGAUCGCUUUGAUGUUUGGAUUACAAUAUCUGUCUGAAAAUACUGCUUGCAUUCCUUACGUGGAAAACGAAUUGUCUGUUUUGUUUUCCUUUUUUUAACCCCCCACAAGCGUCCGUUCUUGCAAUGGUGGCAUCCACGCUAGCUACUGAUUGGCUAUUGCGAUUAAUAUAAAUAUAGAUUCAGAACUCUUAGAUCAUGGAAACCAAUUGAGUUUUUUAACAUGGAGAUACUUUUUAACGACCUAAAAAAAUGAAUCCAACCUGAAGUAUUUAUGCAAAUGCUGUAUUCAGGAAUGCAUGACCUCUGAGAAACUUGAAAUAUGCUGUAUGAUAAAAAACUUAAAGGCAAAGUAGAACUGAUAUUAUCUGUUGUACGUUAUUGAUCACUCCACAAUAAUUGCAAUGUAUACUUGAAACGCCUACUGUAUCAAAUGCUUGUGUGCACAUCGAGAUUUCUGUUUCGAAAGCGUUCAGGUGAAAUCGUGCGCAAAUGCAGACGAGAUCCAUCUGCCGUUGUGGUGACGUCUUCCGUUAUCAAGGCUAGCUUGUGCUAAGAGUUAGCCGUUUGCGAAUUUGGUCAUUUUGUCUUGAUGUUUUGUUUUGGGGUUUUCGUUUAUGCUUUGUUUAGCAAUUCAAAUUGCUGCUGUUUUUUUUUCUCUUCCAACCGAGAACCUCCUAUAAAUGCGUUGCUAAUUGUUUAUACACAUUAUUAUUAAUGGUACUGUUGAAAGAGUAUAGUCUGGCCAUCUUCUGUUGUCUUAGCCGGCUUGGUCAAAACACUGGAAUUGCAGUUAAAUGCUGUCAUGGCUAGAUGGUAACCUUUGUUCUGUUAAACUUCGUAAGAUUUAUACGUUUUGUGUAUUUCCGUAGUUCCCAAGACGCACUCAUCGCUUAUUCCUAAAACCGAACCAAACGAGGGUUACCACCUAGCCAUGUAACCACUAAACGCCACACUGUUUUUAUUUUCUUGAUCAAAAAUGUCCUUAAAAAAUCCUGGAAUUGUUUGCGUUAUUUUUUUUUUUAUUAUUGUACACUUUAUAUAUAUAUAUAUAUAUAUAUUCGAUCAGAAUUUAAAGGAAUAUUCCGGGUUCAAAACAAGUGAAGCUCAGUCGACGGCAUUUGUGGCAUAAUAUUGAUUUCCACAAAAAGUAAUUUCAACUCGUCACUCCUUUUCUUUAAAAAAAACAAAAAUUGAGGUUCCAGUGAAACACUUACAGUGAAUGGGGGCCAAUUUUUGAAUGUUAAAAUACUCACUUUUUCUUUUGCGUGUUAACAUGAUUUUAGUGUGAUAAAAUCA